AUGGUGUACAUUCGACAAGACCGGCUUCCCAAGCUCAAGGAGUACAAGUACUCUGGCGUCGACCACAGCUUGCUGUCGCGUUAUGUGUUAAAGCCGUUCUACACGCACGUCAUUACCUUGAGCGGGUUCAGCUUUGUCAUUGCAAACUUGUUGACGAUGUUUUACUAUACUCCUGGCAUGGAUCAAGAUUGCCCUUCUUGGGUCUACUAUUCCUGGGCCAUUGGUCUCUUUACAUACCAGACUUUUGAUGCCGUGGAUGGUAGUCAAGCACGAAGAACCAGACAAAGCGGUCCCCUCGGCGAACUUUUCGACCAUGGAGUCGACGCCCUGAACACUUCUCUCGAGGUCCUCAUCUUCUCAGCAGCCAUGAGCUUUGGUCAAGGCUGGAGAACUGUAUUGAUUCUCUUCGCCUCUCUCUUGACCUUUUACGUGCAAACCUGGGAUGAAUACCAUACUCACACUCUGACUCUGGGCAUCGUUUCUGGCCCAGUUGAGGGAAUUAUUACCCUCUGUAUCGUGUACGCAUUCACUGGCUACGUUGGCGGUGGCAGCUUCUGGCACCAAUCCAUGUUUGCUACUCUGGGCGUGCCACGUCUCGGAUUCAUCCCCGCCAUUGUCUAUGAUCUGCCCUGGACGGACUGGUACAUGGUCUAUGGCAGCGUGGUGCUGAUCUUCAACACCGUUCUGAGCGCCAUGAACGUCAUGGCAGCCCGUCGUCUGCGCAAGGAAAACCCCAUCUUUGCUCUCUAUGGCUUGGCUCCCUUUUUCCUCACCUGGACUGUCAUUCCCAUCUACCUCUUCCUUCAACCCGUCAUUUUGCGCCAACACCUCGUGCCUUUUGUGCUCUACGUCGGUCUCGUCAAUGCCUACUCAGUUGGCCAAAUGAUCACCGCACAUCUGACAAAAUCGCCUUUCCCCAUGACCAAUGUGUUGGUCUUGCCUCUGGUGUUUGGCGUCAUUGACAGUCUUGGUCCUUUCCUGCACGAUCUGGUUGGCUUUGGAUGGCCAAGCGCUUUGGGAGAUGGACAGUACCAGGUUGCGUUUAUGUUUUCGUGUCUGGGUCUCGCGAUUGGUGUGUACGGCAGCUUUGUCGUUGAUGUUAUUGUUACCAUUUGCGAUUACUUGGACAUUUGGUGUUUGACCAUCAAGCACCCCUAUGUUGCUGAGAACGAGGAGAAGAAGGUACGUUAA